ACCCUCAAUUCCAUCAUGAUCAUGCCAAUGGCGGUGAGCUAGGUACACCUUGCACCUGCUUUGCUGUACCUUGUUUUCUCUGCCUCUUCUCACCCUCCUUGAAGACUUUUGAAAUCCUUCGAAAGCUGAUUUCUUCCUCCGGUUUCAGUCCAGCCUUCUUGUUGUCCAAGGCAAGUCUACUCAAGUAACCGUCAGCUAAACUUUCAUCGCAAACAUACCCUUUGAACCCCCAACACAAUUUGCAACGCCCAGGUUCGGAGCUGCGAGCUGCCAAUUGUAAUGAAGAUGGAGUCGGAUGAUUGGACCUGGAGGCAAAAUGCAGCUGUGCUCCGCUUGCAAGAAGCUGCCGGGCUGGGUGGCGGUAUGAGUGGUCUGUCAUGGCAGGUGCUGAGCUUCUCAAGCCCCUCUGGAUGCAAUGAAAAGAGGAAAAUGCAGGCUUCUAGGAGAAAAGAAAAUGCAGGCUUGACAGUUUGCGACCGUCCUUUAGCUGCAAGGUUGAGAGACAGAAGCUGCUGUGACUCUGACCAAAGUAUGGGACAGGUCCAACCAGCGAACAUCAACGCUCCAUUUUGGCCAGUCAGUGGUGUGGCCUGUCUGUCCAGCAGUCUCCCUGGGAGAAGCCUUGAAGAUAUCCGAGCGGUGUUCAAUGAGAUUGACAAGAACCAGGACGGGAAGCUGACCGAGUCCGAGCUGGUAGCAUUUGCUGCUGAGAGGGGCCUCCCCACAACAUAUGUGAAGGAGUUCUUGGAAGCAGCGGGGGUGUCGCACGCCGUAGACCUGCACACAGCCCUGGCGGGCCUUGUAAAGAAUCUGAGGAAGCCGCUGCGGUGGCCGGGCAUCCAGCGGAAGAAUGCUGAGAAAAGCUGGCUGCAGAGCCGGCGGGUGCCGUUCCUCUCCCAGCCCCGCACAGUCGACUUCGAUGCCUUUCAGAGCUUCGUCCAGUCCAAGGACGCAGCCAUCGAGCAGGCCUUCCGAGCCCUGGACCGCGAUGGGAACGGCGAGAUCACGCGCCAGGAACUCGAGGAUGGCAUCCGCCAUGUGCGAGUAAUCUGCGGGGGGGAGAAGGAGGAGGGGGACUCGACGGUGUUCCGGCCCAAGAUCGUGUGUGCUCAGAAGAUGAUCCGGCUCAUGGCCAAGGAAGAGAAGCAGACCAUCAGCUACCGAGAGUUCCGGGACUUCUUCACUCUGCUGCCUAAGUCAAGCUAUCUGAUGGACUACUGGCUGAGCGCCAGCUGCUGCCGCGUGGUCGACCUGGGUUACAAUGUGGAGAUGCUGUCGAAGGACGCCGAAAGCGCCGCCACUCCGGCCGGCAGCCCCUGGAACCACCUCGUGGCGGGGGGGCUGGCCGGGGCUGUCUCGCGUACUGUCUCCGCCCCCCUAGAAACGAUCCGGCUGCAGAUGAUGAUCAAAUCGUCAUCCGACAUGGGGGCGGCCGCGAAGGACAUCGUGAAGGGGGGCUGGCCCGCGUUCUUCAAGGGCAACCUGACCAACGUCAUCCGGGCGGUCCCUCAGAAAGCCAUCGACUUCUUCGCCUUCGAGGCCUACAAGAUGCUGCUGAAUGGGGACAGCCAGAAGCCGGUGUCAAACGCGCAGGUCCUUAUGGCAGGCGCGCUGGCAGGGGCUACUUCGACACUCAUUCUGUACCCCCUGGACGUGGUCCGCAGCCGGCAGACCGUCCAGGCAGUGCCUAAGUACAAGAACCUGGUGCACGCCCUGCACAGUAUCGCCACGGAAGAAGGCGCCGGGGCGCUCUACAAAGGACUACGCCCCAGCAUCGUGGCGAUCAUUCCGGAGGCGGCCAUCACGUACGGCGCGUUCGACAUUCUGAAGAAGGGCUACCGGAAACUCGCCAAAGUGGAAGAAGUGCCCGUUCCUGCCGCCCUCUUCUGCGGCGUCUCGUCCGCGCUGAUGGGCCAGAUCGUGGCGUUCCCGCUCGAGCUCGUCAGCAGGCGGCUGCAGGUCCAAGUCGCGGGGCCGGGGGGCGCCGUUCUUUACACGGGCAUGACGGACGCGUUCGCGCACAUCCUGCGCACUGAAGGCAUCAGCGGUUUGUACCGGGGCCUCGCCCCGGCGUCGCUCAAGAUCCUGCCCAUGGCCAGCGUCAGCUUCGGCGUGUAUGAGUUGUCGCGUCACUUGCUGAGCGAAGCGGCGCAGGCCCAGCAAAAGCGGCGCUUCGAGAAGGCGUCUCUUGAGGCGGAAAAGAAGCGGCGCGCGAAGAUUAUCUUUAACGAGGGGGAGGGGGAGAAGGACGGGGUAACGAGCGGGUUGAAAGUUGCGAGCGAGGUGGGUCCGACAGGGCGGUGACACGCAGGGAGGUGACGUGCAGACAGUGACAGUCAUAUCAAAUACGUAGGGUGUUGUUUACGAAGAUAUAUAAAAACAGUGGGGAGAGGGGGGGCGUAAGGAGAUUGAAGAAUGCGAAUUGAACUGGUCAGGCGAGGGCCGAGAAAGUUGCAUACUCAGUGUUUGAAGAUCAAAAGCGCGAUGACAAAUUAGUGAGCUGCUCUUGCGUUUGGCAGCCAGAUUGAUCGUUGAGACAGUAUGCUGCUGCGCUGUCACGGGAAGAAGCCUGCCGUGCGGGCCCCGAGUCAGUGACCUCGUAGGAGACAUUUCAAGACUUGCAUGUGUGCAGUCAAAAGUAGGACAAAGGAGGGUGCCGGUGAUGAGCACAGAGAUAUUGUAAAGCAAAGAUCGAAAGUUUACACGUAUCACUCCGUCGGCGAGCGAGCGUUUUAGCAUGUUGGAACGUGGACACGAUUAACAAAGCUUCUUGCGAACUUAGCUCUAGGUUUACAGAGGGGCUGUAGCUAGCAGCGACAGGCCAAGUUUAGCGUGGCUGACUACAGAGCGAGAGCUCUUGGAGCAUAUGUAGUGCAGAGAUCUACUACUUGAGAUUGUGAGUUUUAUCAUUGCUCUUUAAAGAUUAGCCUUCUUCAGGAUUCUGCUUGUGCCUCACUUCGACUUCAC